GUAAACAGACGGCGAUGGCUGCUGAGAGGGGCGGAGGCGACAACAACAUCCACGACGACAUGGGCAACCAGCUGCAGCUCGUACCUGAAAAUGAGGAGGAGGAAGAAGAUGACAUGGAAACUGAAGACCGUGAUAGUGAAGAUGCAGAAAAGCCAAGCAUUAUCAACUUUGACCCAAGUUUGCCGACAUCACAUGCUUACCUGGGCUCAGACAUGGAGGAGUUCCACGGCCGGACUCUUCAUGAUGAGGACAGUGUGCAAAACUUGCCUGUUCUCCCGCAUGCGGCUCUUAUGCUGAUCCCAGGUCAGACACUGCCAUUGCAGCUUUUUCGACCACAGGAGGUCAGCAUGUUCCGCAACCUUGUCAGUCAUGACCGCACAUUUGCUGUGCUUGCACACAGUCCUGAUGCAAGUGGGGGAGAGCUAAAAGCAGAGUUUGGGACAACAGCAGAGAUUUAUGCCUUUCGUGAGGAGCAGGAGUACGGCAUUGAGACGGUGAAAAUCAAAGCUAUUGGGCGGCAGCGCUUCAGAGUGCAUGACAUUCGCACACAGGCAGACGGGAUUCGUCAGGCGAAGGUGCAAAUUUUGCCAGAGAGAAUUCUGCUUGACCCCUUGAGUGCCGUUCAGCUCUUGUCCCACGUACGCACACAUUCACCUCCUACCAAGCAAACACAACCACAGAGCCAAGUGCAACGUUGCCAGGCCUACAGACGGAGAAAGUUAUAUCCUGCAAGUAUGACCCCAUGGCCUCCUUGGGUGUAUGCCCUUUAUGACUCUGAGACUCUAAUGAGCAGAGUAAAGCGGCAGCUCCAUGAGUGGGACGAGAACCUCAAGGAUGAAUCGCUGCCUACAAAUGCUAUAGAUUUUUCAUACAGAGUGGCUGCCUGUUUGCCAAUAGAUGAUGCUCUUAGACUGCAGUUGCUUAAGAUCGGCAGUGCUAUACAGAGACUACGCUGUGAGCUGGACAUUAUGGACAGGUGCACAUCCCUAUGCUGCAAACAGUGCCAAGACACAGAGAUUACAACCAAGAACGAAAUAUUCAGUCUGUCGCUUUAUGGGCCAAUGGCGGCUUAUGUGAAUCCACAUGGUUACGUUCAUGAGACACUGACUGUUUAUAAGGCUAGCAACCUCAAUCUGGUUGGAAGACCAUCCACACUGCAUAGCUGGUUCCCAGGGUAUGCAUGGACGAUUGCGCAGUGCCGGACGUGUGGAUCUCACAUGGGCUGGAAGUUCUCUGCAGUAAAGAAGGAUCUGAGCCCACCACGCUUUUGGGGUCUGACUCGCUCUGCUCUUCUGCCCACAAUCCCUCAAGGCGAGGAGGGAGUGGAGGGCUCACGCCUGCUCUGCCUGUGACCUCAGCAUGACCCGCGACUUUUCAACUCACAGCACAUAAAACAUCCACCACUUUAAUCCUUCUCCACUUCACCCUGAAACAUCACACUCCAGACCAUAAAGAGAGAGAGAGAGAGGGUGAGACACAGAAAGACAUAGUUAGGGGGGGAAAGGAGACAGUGAGACAGAAAAGUGGACAGAGAGGGAGAAAAAACUGGCUUGUAAAUUAGUUUCUCUUGAAGAAGUAAAUCAGACAGGCCUCAAGGGUCAAAGUGAACCCUGUCAGUUUAAAUAUGUGGCUUUUACAAUCAAAUUUUGUUCUGCUGAUCAUGUAUGUUGUUGUAACAGUUCAGCCUUGCAUUUGACAACAUACACUUAUUUCAAGCCCACAAUCUUUUUUUUCAUUAAGCUAAUAAAACGGUCUCCUAUUUAAACAUGGACAUUAUGAAAGGGUUAACACAUGGUGUUUCUUAAUAUUAUGUUAAUAUAAACAAACCAACUUCGAAGAGAAGGGACUAUUUUGUGCAUAUUCCUUAUCGGACAAAGAAAGAUGGUUCCACUGAGUUAGUUAAAAAAAAAGUCAAUCAGUGUGGCAUAAUGAGCCUGUGUGGUGCUGGAUGCCACAGUAACUACUAAUAGGGAUGAUUUAUAAAGUAACAGAGUUACUCUUAUCAUCAUUAAGUCAUAUCAGGGGCAUAACUCUGCUACUGUAUUUUUGUAUUUCUUCUCAGCCCCCUUUCCCUUUUUGUCUAUGACAAUGCUAUUGGAUGUAGGUGUGUUUAGACACUGAAAGGAUUUUGUUAGCAGGUGUUUUGGUAGACAGGUCUGUAAGUAGACUGCAGCCCUUUCUGGAGAAACCUCUAUUAUAAAUGCAGUGUUAGGAAACGGAGUGCAUAUACACAUACUUUAAAUACAUCCAGGACAUCUUGUGCAUACCUCAGCAGUCUCACAUAUCCAUAAUGUUAAAAUGAGAUAUACAAAAUACACUUGACAAGCCACUGACUUGCAUAUCUGUAACCAUAAUAUUCAAGGGAUUCAGGAUCCAAAAAGGUGUUCAGUUCUACUAAAUAUGCUAAUAAAAUCAUUUUUGGAACGUC